AUGACUGUCGCACACGACUUGACCCGCCGCGGGUCCACCCAGCUCGUCACCAACAACGGGCUACCCCUUGAAGACAGGUUCGAGGUGCUGAAGGAGAUUGGAGAUGGAAGCUUUGGAAGUGUCGUGCUCGCGAGAGUACGGACGGCGGGCGCCAGUGUUGCCCGUCGUGGUACAGUGGUCGCCAUCAAGACCAUGAAGAAGACUUUCGAGUCGUUUCAGCCAUGCCUGGAAUUGAGGGAGGUUGUGUUCCUGAGGACGCUCCCCGCUCACCCUCAUUUGGUUCCGGCCCUUGACAUCUUUUUGGAUCCAUUCACCAGGAAGCUCCAUAUCGCCAUGGAGUACAUGGAGGGCAACCUCUACCAACUAAUGAAGGCCAGGGACCACAAGUGCUUGGACAACGCCAGCGUGAAGAGCAUCCUGUACCAGAUCAUGCAAGGUUUGGAGCAUAUCCAUGCUCACAGCUUCUUCCACCGCGAUAUCAAGCCAGAGAACAUUCUCGUGUCUACUUCAGCUCAUUCGGAUUUCACCAACUCUUUCAGACGGUAUUCUGCUCUUGUCACGCCACCAUCGACGCCCCCAUCUUAUACCGUCAAGAUUGCCGAUUUUGGUCUCGCUCGUGAGACGCAUUCGAAGCUUCCUUACACCACGUAUGUCUCCACCAGGUGGUAUCGUGCCCCAGAGGUACUGCUGAGGGCGGGCGAGUACUCGGCCCCGGUGGAUAUCUGGGCCGUCGGUGCUAUGGCCGUGGAGGUGGCCACCCUCAAGCCUCUCUUCCCCGGUGGAAAUGAGGUCGACCAGGUCUGGAGGGUAUGUGAAAUCAUGGGAAGCCCAGGGAACUGGUACAACAAGGCUGGUGCGCGCGUCGGCGGUGGAGAGUGGAGGGAAGGAACCCGUCUUGCUGGAAAGCUCGGGUUCUCCUUCCCCAAGAUGGCGCCUCACUCCAUGGACACCAUCUUGCAGACUCCCCAAUGGCCUUCGUCGCUCAGCCAGUUUGUUACCUGGUGCCUCAUGUGGGAUCCCAAGAGCCGACCGACAUCUACUCAGGCGCUUGCCCAUGAGUACUUUGCCGAUGCCGUUGAUCCUUUGCGCCCAAAGUCUGCGUCCAAGAUCCUGGGUCGUAAACAGUCUGACAUCAGUCGGGGAAAGGACUCUAACGCGACCACGCCAACGGCUACAUCAAAGCCGUCUUCGUGGUUCAGAAAGUCGCUCAUCGGUCGCUCCGAGAGUGUCGAGGUUAUGGCCGCUCCGCAGCCCGCCCCGAAAGAAGCACCAGCACCAGCUCCUGCUCCUGCUCCUGCUCCUCGCCCUGCCCCGAUCGCUCGACCUGCCGCUCCCGUCGAGCCACCACAGCCGGUUAUGCCUGCUCCACGACCCACGGUCGCAAAAAGAGCAACCUGGACAAACGGCCCUUCGAACGUCGCACCAAUGCCCAUUCUUCCCACCAUCCGUCCCAUCUCACCUCUAUCGCAGACUGUCACAGCCCAACCCGCACCAGUGUACAAUGACGCCUAUGCGAAUGCGGUUCAGAGACACGCCCCAGUUCAAGAGAAGUCCUCCAAGAAGAUUGGCAGGCAGCUCUCAGUCCAAUCGAACACCAAUCACUACGCUGAACUUCACAGGCAACAGGCAGAACGAGCUCUCAAUGGACAGUCUGGCUUGGUGUCGCCACCGAGUGGACACAAGGAGAGCUUUUUCUCGCACCUCCGGAAAAGAGCGAGGAGGUUCUCGGGCAGACAUCAGACGCCCAUGUCGCCCAGCUCUGACGAUAUGGAGGCCCAGGCAGGUUGUGGACCAUGGGCGAGCAACCGCUCAUCAAUGGUGAUCGACAACCCGGCACCCAUCCCCGUUCCAAAAGACACGUAUGAGUCCCUCGAUAAGACGCUCCGCGAGGGUCAGCAAAUGGCCGAGGUACCUCCUGCGCCACCGGCCCAUCAAGUGAAUCAACUAACGCCAAGCGGUAAUCUCAAGCGCCACCACUCCCUCCCUCACCACCAACCAAGAUCGGUCGAUAAUCUGCUUGUCGCCUCCCGAGGAACCGGUCCCGUAUCUAGCAGGACACGAAGAGCCCAGGCUGCGCACGGUGUCAACCAAUACGACGACCCCAACGAGGAAGACGAACUUCUAGAUGAAGUGUUGACCUCGACCCACCGUGCCAUGAAGCGCCUCGACAACGAGAAGCCUCUGAGGCAAUCAGCUAGCAAUGUCGUGUUGACGAACCCUUACCCGACCCCUUCGCCCUCCGCCAGCGGAAACGUAAUGCUUUUUGGUGACGGCAAAGAAGCUGUCACGCCCAAGCCAUUGAACUACGGCAAGAAGGCUGCCGAAUACAAGUGGCCCACUCCCCCUUAUGACGAGGGUGACUGGGCGGCUUCGGCUUCGGCAAGCAUAUGGGCGGCGGGCAGUCGGUUUUAA